AAAGCGCGCGGCCGGUGCAGGGGGAGCGCGCGCACUAGGGCCAGCGGAGGCCGCAGGUCGUCGCCGCCGCCGCCGCCAUCAUGGUGCCAGGCGCCGGGUUCGCUUCACUCCUCAGGCGGCUGGGGGGCACCACGGGCGGCCUCGGCUCCGGGACACAGGCGCGGAUCGAUAAGAACAAAAAAACUCAUAUCAAAUGGAAGCCACAGAAACAAAUUUGCAUACCAGUUUUGGAACAUUUUGAUAACAAAUAUAGACAAGAACAUGGAGAGUUGUGGGACAAAGCAAGAGAAGUAUUGCUACUUCCAUGCAGCUGGCAGUAUGGUGUGCUUGUAAAUAAGUUCAGCCACUGUGUACCACUUGAAGACCUGCUUCAAUCACGGGGAUAUAGGAAUUUUCUCCAAGAUGUUUUGCCAUUUUCCCAGCAUUCCAUACGAUGUUACAUCAGCAAGGACAAGAACCGGUUCCCCAGACUUUUGCAUCAUGCGGAAAGGUUGAAGGAAUAUUACCUGCUGAAUGCAACCUCUUUGCUGCCUGUCCUUGCGUUGGACGCCCAAGAUGGAGAAAGUGUGUUGGACAUGUGUGCUGCUCCAGGAGGAAAAUCUGUAGCAAUACUGCAGAGUGCCACUCCACGUCAUUUUGUCUGCAAUGAACACGACAGUUUGCGUUUUAAAUGGCUGAAGCAAACACUCGAGUCUUUUGUACCCGAAGACUUAAGAGGGGUAAUUUCUGUGACCAAUCUGGAUGGAAGAGACAUUGGUCCACAAAAGCCACAAAUAUUUGACAAGGUGCUGGUGGAUGCUCCUUGUUCAAAUGACAGAAGUUGGUUGUACUCUUCUGAUGUCCUUAAGGCUCGCAUAAGGAUUGCACAUGCGUCUAAUCUACCUGUUUUACAGGAGCAAUUAUUGAGGUCUGCUCUUGAGGCAUUGCGCCCUGGAGGGACAUUGGUUUAUUCUACAUGCACACUGUCACGAGCAGAAAAUGAUGAUGUUGUGGCCUCUCUCCUGAAUUCGUAUGACAACAUUCAGACUGUGAAUUUAGCAGACUUGGCACGCUCCCUUUCUCAUAACUUCACAUUUGCUAAAGGUGUACAGCAUGGACAAUUAAUUGUGCCAGUGAAGGGUAAAACCUGGGGACCUAUGUAUGUCAGCAAACUAUGGAAGGUGCACUGACUUGAAAUCAAGUUAUAGGUUUAAAAUAUGGAUGUGUACAGUAAUCAUGGCAGGCUGAGCUUGUUCAAAGUUUUUAAAUAAAUUGACUGGCAGAAAUGAAAUUUUUACCUCAUUGAAUAGUUGUAUACAUUUUAUAAAUUUCAAAUAUGAGAAAGGUUUUCAAGACCUAGUCAUUAAUAACUUUAAACAUUUAAAUGUUAGUAAUUAAAUGUUAUAUCUUGUAAAUAGUCAGGCAAUGUUAUAAUGUCAAAAGUGAAAGAUGGAAAUUCUUUGUGUAACCAAAUAAGAUAACAUUAACCACUCACAAAACAGGGGUGCAAAUUUCUGUGGCUUGAAUGCUUCUAGUCGUAUUUUGGUGAAAAUAGUGAUAGCAUGUGUAUGGGAUUACCAGAGCCAUAGUUUGCGGCUCAGGUGAUGCCAGGUCAUGUAAAGAGCAGCAAAAAACCCAAACAAUGCCAGUCGGGUACUUAAAGACGUGGCCAUGUUAUCAGUAGAUGCAUUGGUGGCAUUUUCCAACAUUCUUGAGACUGAGACAUAUAGAAGUGAUAUAGCUUUACACAUUGGAGUAAAGCUAAUGUUACAUCAAUAUUAAAAACAAAACUUGAGAGAAAACAGAUAACUACUAGAGCCCAUAAUAAAAGAUGUAAGAGCGGAAUACAGUAGACAGCACCUGUAGUCUGGAUUGAAUUGUGGUCUCUGGCACUGCACGGCAGCAAUUCUACCCACUGAGUUACUCCACCACUAUGUGCCUUUCUAUGUGCAUCUGCAGUUCCUUGUUAUUACAGUAUUUUAUUUGUUGCCACAUUACACCAUCUGUGUCUUGUCCUAUCGAUAUUUAGCAAAAGGAAAAGUGGAUGGUUAUAAAUGUAUAUAUUAGGGCGACACCACAUAGCAGUAGAGCUGCUGCCUUACAGUGCCUGAGACUUGGGUUUGAUCCUGACUAAGUGAUCUGUAUGGAGUUUGUACGUUCUCCCUGUGACCGUGUGGGUUUUCUCUGGGUGCUCCGGUUUCCUUCCACACUCCAAGAAUGUACUGGUUUGUAGGUUAAUUGGCUUCAGUAAAAAUGUUAAAUUAUCCCUAGUGUAGGAGAGUGUUAAUGUAAGGUAUGAUUGCUGGUCAGUGUUGUCUCGGUGGGCUGAAGUGUCUGUUUCCACACUGCAUCACUAUAGUAAAGUCUAAAUUAAUUGUACUGAGUUUGUAUGAGGUUUUUGUAUAUUUCAUAAAUUAAUAACAUAAAACUCAAGAUUGGGGUGAAAGUCAAUUCCCCAAUUGUGUAACUAGUACACCUGUGGAGCAUCAGCCAAUUAUUUUCAAAAAAAAAGUCAGACUUUUUAAGUGCUUUUUUCACUUACAUUAAUUUUGAAUUGUUCUUCUCGUCUUUUCAAUGAUUCAUCUCACGAUAACACUUCCUGCCUCUUCUUUCUCCCUCUUUGAAGGUAUUGAUGGCUUGCAGAGGUAAGGAUUGCUGGUUCUUUAUUUAAUCCAGGUAGCUAUAAUUCAUUUUGAAAGGUUUUUAUUGCAGGUAAGGAACUCAAAUGUCCCAAUGGGAAAAUGGAGGCUUUUCACACAAAAAAGGGGGUGGUGUAGUGGUAGAGUUGCUGCCUUACCGCAACAGAGACCCAAGUUCAAUCUGACCACAGGUGCUGUCUGUACAUUCUUCCUGUGACUGCGUGGAUUUUCUCCGUGUGCUUGGGUUUUCCCCCACAAUCCAAAGAUGUGUAGGUUUGUAGGUUAAUUGGCCUUUGUAAUUUGUCUCUAGUGUAUAGGAUAGAAAUAGUGUACGGUUGAUUGUUGGUCACCGUGGACUCAUUGGGCUAAAGAGCCAUUUCCAUGCUGUAUCUCUAAAACUAACUGCAGGAGCAAACCUACAAAACGUGAUCAAUGGCUUUUUCAUAAUUGUGAGGGCAAGCAGUAUUUCAAUUCAUCAUUGGAAUAUAGCUCAUGCAUUCAUUAGUCCUAGCUUGCAACAUGAUUCAUUUUGAACAAAUGAUUGGAAGAAUAGCCUUUAUAGCUAUUGAGUUCUUUCUAAUAGCAUUCCCAUUGCAUAGUUUUCCAUGGGCCUCAGCAACUUGUCAUCUUCAGCUGACAUUAGCGCUUCAAUUCAUUUCUGGGACAGCACAGGCCAGCCAGGGUGCGCAUGUAAUGGGCAUGGUACACAAAGCAAUGACAAGCUGCCUCAACAGUGAAUGCUUUUGAUGGAUAGGAGAGAGAAUAGCCUUCAACGAGAGACAGGCAGAUGUCUGGUUUCUAUUGUUGUCUGUGUGAACGCUGCAGUUAUGCACUGACUUAUUUAACUAAUGUCUGUUUCUCUGCAUUCCUAAAAACAGCAAGAGCUUCUGUGAGGCCGGUUCAAUAAAUCUUCAUUGAAUAUUUUGUAAUGGAAACAAAACUAGAAAAGCCAUCAAAUUUCAUGUUAAAUAAAUAUGAGAAAGCAUUGGUGUACCA